GCGGAGCAGCAGCUAGGUGGCCGCACGAGCACACGGAUCACAUGCACACGGGCUCCAGCCUGCGAACCCGCCGCCGAUCCGAGCUCAGGCAGGAGCAGAGCCCGAACCCAACCCGGUUUCCCCGCGUGACACUGCUCCUCCGUGCGCGCGCCACGGCGAUCCGCGGCGGAGCGGCUGCGUCUUAACGCGCACACGUCGGACUUUGGCGGAGAAAAGCCUCCCGUCGUUUCCGGACACUUUGUGGCCACUUUACCUCCUGAAUCCGGACUGAGAGCUCGUCCUGAGGAUGGCACCAAACUAGAAUCCGGAUCGAGGGUGUUUGAGUGGAUUAAUCUGUGGGAUCGGGUGUUCCUGUCCGUGUGUGGUUGUGUCCAUCCGUCCAGCUCUAUGUUUGUAGGUGAUUUGUGUUAAAAUGCAUCACCAGCAGCGGAUGGCAGCUUUGGGAACAGACAAGGAGCUCAGUGACUUACUGGAUUUCAGCGCGAUGUUUUCCCCUCCUGUUAGCAGCGGAAAGAACGGACCGACUUCCCUGGGGAGUGGACAUUUCUCCAGCACAAAUAUGGAGGAGAGGACGGGUGCGGCGUCAUGGGGAAGUGGAAGUCGUUCUUCAAAGAGUUUUGUGGAGGGGUCCCAGUACAUGACAUCACAUGACAGCCUCUCGCCACCGUACCCUAACUCCAGGCUAGGAGGUAAACAAUGACUCUGUUUUGUUUUGUUUUUUUGCUAUUGACUAUUUUUUGUUUUUAUUUAUUUUUUAAAUAUAUGUUUGAGACUGGCUUUGAAAAGCUGGAGCAGAUUGGUCAUCUGGCAUCUUUGUCUCUCGGCCCGUUGUGUGCUCAUUUACCCAUGAUGCUCUCUGCCUCUGGCCCUCU